AAGGUCCUGAAAAGUGUUACUUAGUAGCCACGCGAUUUUUAUUUGGUAACCAGGCACACAGAUGGUACCCCUGAUUCAAGGUUGGAUUGUCUUUUUCUCUGUAUUUGUUGUUGUUUUUUCGAGUCUUAUUCUCUUUUACCGUCGACAACUUGACUUCCAAAGAGAAAAAAGGUCCGAAUUUGACGGGAAAUCUGUUCUUUUGGUCACUGCUCAUCCAGAUGAUGAAUGCAUGUUCUUCUCCCCCACUAUUUUAAAUCUCCGGCGAUCUAGCACGGUGCAUCUAUUAUGCCUUUCGACCGGUAACUAUUACAAACAAGGAAGUAUUCGAAGAGAGGAGUUAUUGUCAAGCUGUACCAUCUUAGGAAUUCCGCCAGAGCGUGUCACUGUGAUUAAUCAUGGUGACCUUCCUGAUGAUCCUAAAACAGACUGGGACACUCAGAUCACUGGGCAAUUAAUUACUGAAUGUAUCAAACACAACCAGAUACAAGUGGUCAUAACCUUUGACUCUUAUGGAGUAUCUGGUCAUACAAACCACAUUGGUAUCUUCAAUGCAAUUAAAAGACUUCGAAAUGAAGGUAUCCCUGGAGAUGUCAGUUAUUAUGUGCUCACAAGUGUUAACAUUUUGAGGAAAUACAUCUCACUCUUGGAUCUUGUACUAAGUGUUUCUUCAAGGCAGAUGUUUCUCCUUAGUCCUCACGAUAUGAUUGUAGCUCAGAAGGCCAUGUAUGCUCACAAAAGUCAGUUGCUGUGGUUUCGGAGGCUAUACAUCAUAUUUUCCAGAUUUAUGCUGAUAAAUACACUUGAGGAACUGAAAUGAGAAAGCUGCAAAGAGUAGAUGAUUAAGAACUGCUACCAAGACACUCAGCAGUCCUAGACAAUCACUGAGAGUGAUCAAGAUCUCACUACUCUUUAAACAACAUAUGGCAUUAGAUGAAAAAUCAUAAAGAUAAAGUCUUGAAGCUUUAGUGGCUCAUAACUGUGUUAUUAACAGCAAGACUCAUCAGAUGGUUAGUUUUUGUUGUGAGGUAUUUUCCUUUAAUAGAAAAAGGAAUUAGAGCUUGCAGCCUCAGGCCAUCAAAUAAUCAAGUUUUAUUACUGAAGGUCUCAGUACAACUACAAUACAGCAAUAAGGAUUAUCCUUUGGUGACAAUAUUGCUUUAAUAGAUCAGCAACAAACAAAUUAAAUAAAAAUCAAGAUAAACCUAUUA